AUGAAUGCUUCAAUACCAUCCGACGAUCCUUCUUCCCGGAGCGGCUCUGAACGCCAGGAGACUCCACGCCCCGCCCCCAAGACCCGUGACAAACACAUCGCCGCCAGUGCUGCGCGCUUCGCCGAGUUCCUGCACAGCGCGGUCCCCACGGCCCUCAUCCCGCCGGAGCUCCACGCCUUCGUCCACCGCGAGGCAAACGCCCGGCUCGACGCGGCGCGAGAAGCCGGCGUGCCGCUCGAGCAAGUCACCAUCGGCGAGGACGGACUUCCCGCGUGGCCGGGCGGCCCCACGUGGGACCCGGAUGCCGAGUCACUGCACGCGCACCUGCAGAGCCGGCUCAUUGACUGGGACGCGGCGCGGGAGCUCGGCGACCUCGUCCGCGGGGAUAUAGUCUCCAAGGGGCGCUUGAAGCUCGCGCAGGCGCGGGAGAUGGGCAUCGCGCUGCGGGACGUUUUCAUCGGGCGUAAUCUCCUGCCAGAGUGGACGCUGGGACAAGUUAUUACCGCUGUUGAUGAUUACGACUACGCUACACAAGGGACGGAUACACAGGACGAGUCGGACAUGGAGUCGGCCACGAUGGGAUCGCGACACUCAUCGGGGGCCACAGCCUUAACGCCACUCACGGACGUGUUUGGCACGCAGUCCAGCGACACGGCCGCGCCAAACAACAGCCCCGUGUCAUCGUGCGAGAGCGACUACCCAAGCGACUGGGAAGACUACAUCGAGCUCGACAACUUUGUCCUCCCGCAGCCCGAGUACGAAGAGCCAGAAGACGACCACAACGAUGGCAACGAUGGCAACGUGGUGCACGACGUGCAGGUCGUGGGCGGCCGGCCCGGCACGAGCGACGAGUUCGAUCUCGAGGUGUACCUCGUCGACGACGACAGCGAGGACAUUGCGCACAUGCCCGAGGUAGAGCUCUUCAUCGACGACGGCGACGCCUACGAACAUCACUAUGGAGCUGACAAGGCGGUGGACGUGGAGCUGCCGGCGGGGUAUCACUUUGUUCCUGCGGGCGUGGAGGAAGCGGACGAUGAGGAUGAGGACGAGGCGAAUUCGUCAUCACCGUCGAGGCUGGCUCGCGCGCAGCCGCUGCCUCUCUUUGACGAUGAAGACAUCUAUGAUGACAGCCGCGUGGCGUCGCCUGUUCUCGGCGUCAUCGAAGAGGAUUCGUCGGAGCAUUCGGAGGAGGUGACGGACGACGAGAACGACGAGGACAGCGGUGAGGGCAAGAAUUGCGAGGGCAAGAACGAGGGCAACGGCAACGGCGAGGGCGACCCUGGAGUAGGCGGAGAGAGCCAGGACAUGCACUCAGCCCAGGACUCCAGCGACGAGGAGGGCAGUGAAGCUUAG